AUGGGGCGGCCCCGGAACCGUUCGCGGGAACGCGGUGCGAACUCCAGCCCUGGAAGCGGUGCCUUCGCAAACAGUCUCCAGGUCGUGGGGCUCUGCCCCAGCGCCUUUCUAAAGCUCCUGUUCCUGAGGAUCUGCAUUUUUAACGUCUGUUUCUCUUUCUGUUCCGGGGCUGUUCUUGCAGCUCUCAAGCUGGAUUUGGAGGAGAAGCUGUUUGGACAGCAUCUGGCCACGGAAGUGAUUCUCAAGGCGCUGACUGGCUUCAGGAACAACAAAAAUCCCAAGAAACCUUUGACCCUUUCCUUACACGGCUGGGCUGGCACAGGCAAGAAUUUUGUCAGUCAAAUUGUGGCUGAAAAUCUUCACCCAAAAGGCCUGAAGAGUAACUUUGUCCACCUGUUUGUAUCGACUCUGCACUUCCCUCAUGAACAGAAGAUAAAACUGUACCAGGACCAGUUACAGAAGUGGAUCCGCGGUAAUGUGAGUGCAUGUGCGAACUCUGUUUUCAUAUUUGACGAGAUGGAUAAAUUGCACCCCGGGAUCAUUGACGCAAUCAAGCCGUUUCUAGACUACUACGAGCAGGUUGACGGAGUGUCUUACCGCAAAGCCAUCUUCAUCUUUCUCAGCAAUGCAGGCGGGGACCUUAUAACUAAGACAGCUCUUGACUUUUGGCGGGCCGGAAGAAAGAGGGAAGACAUUCAGCUGAAGGACCUGGAACCUGUACUGUCUGUUGGAGUCUUCAAUAAUAAACACAGUGGCCUGUGGCACAGUGGACUGAUCGACAAAAACCUCAUUGAUUACUUUAUCCCCUUCCUGCCUUUGGAGUACAGACAUGUGAAAAUGUGUGUGAGGGCCGAGAUGAGGGCCCGUGGCUCUGCUAUAGAUGAAGACAUUGUCACAAGAGUGGCAGAGGAAAUGACAUUUUUCCCCAAAGACGAGAAAAUCUACUCAGACAAGGGCUGCAAGACUGUGCAGUCGCGGCUUGAUUUCCACUGAGCUCCUGUCUGGAUGGGGUAGGAGGCAGCGGGGAGGCUCCGCACAGCAGAGGCCUUGCCUUUCCGAAGAACCCUGAAGACCGCUCUGGGGUUUUGCCUGUUUGCACCUUAGAGUUUGGGGAUAUAGAAUCUUUUUUUUUGAGACAGGGCCUCGCUCUGUCAUCCAAGCUGGAGUGCAGCGGUGCAAUCCUCAACUCACUGCAACCCCCACUCCCAGUUUGAGGGAUUCUCAUGCCUCGGCCUCCCGAGUAGCUGGGAUUACAAGCAUGAGCCACUGUGCCCGGCUGGGAUAUGGAAUCUAAGAGUUGAUUUUGGAAAACACGUGAAUCUGUUGCGUACAUUUGUCAUUUUGCAAGAUGACAGCCGUCCAGCUCUUCUUUGCAGCUGAAGAUGAAC